AUGGCGCCUCCCACCCCCGCCCUCUCAAAUCUAGUCCACACUCUUUCGGGCCAUAAAGGACCCGUCAAUUCGGCGGUGUACAACUCGGGCGCCUCGUACGUGCUCACCGCUGGCCAGGAUCGCACGAUCAAGUUGUGGAACCCAGUCAAGGGGACACUGGUCAAGACUUAUGCGGGGCAUGGCUAUGAGGUGUUGGGCUUGGAUUGGUGAGCAAUCGUCUCAAGUAUGGGCUGUACCCGCUCAGUCCAUCUCAUCGGAUGCUUUAAUUUUCCCCCACUCCUCGACUCGUUGCGAAACCCGUGCUCCCCCUCUCCUCCCGUGAGAACGACAGCACACAUGACAACUCCCGCUUCGCCUCUUGUGGAGGAGAUCGAAGUGUUUUCGUCUGGGACGUCGCAUCCGGUGAGCUGAUCCGGCGCUUGUCGGGCCAUAUGGCCAAAGUCAAUGCCGUCGCUUUCAAUCAGGAUGCUUCCAUUUUGGCGAGUGGUACGUUACUACAACGCGUUAGCGUGCAUCCCACGCAUCUCAUUAUCUCGGCUUGUCGAAGCUGAAACGCGCGUACGACGUACAGGCUCGUUCGAUUCGACGGUUAGGUUGUGGGACAUCAAGUACGUCGGGUCUCUUGUUGAACUGCUGCUGCUCGAUCGGAGCCGCUCUAAGCUGACACUCGGCCAUCACGACAGGUCGCAGAAUCGGAUACCUCUACAAGUCCUCGAAGACGCGAGAGAUAGCAUCACUUCGAUCUGUAUCCGUAACCACCUCAUCAGCGUCGGAUCCGUCGAUGGUCAUGUCCGAACCUACGACUUGAGGAUGGGCGAACUCCGAGCCGAUUAUUUCGAUCGUAGGUUCCCACAACUGAACAAGUCAUGACGACCUUCCGUUCUUGAUCUGCCCAACUGACGGAGGUACCCCACAGACCCCGUCACCUCCAUCAGCAUCUCGAAUGAUUCGGCCAUGUUGCUCGUCACUUCGCUCGAUUCGACGAUUAGGAACCUCGAUUUGGAUACGGGGGUCAUGUUCACCAAGUAUCAAGGGCACAAGAAUGAAUCCUAUCGAUCGCCGUCGUCGUUUGGGAAAGAUGAACGCACGGUUGUGAUGGGUGACGAGGAAGGGAAGGUUUAUACGUGGGAUGUGGAGACGGUCAGUCCGGUCUCUGUCCGAGUGGGUGGGGAUUUGCACCGCACGCUGAUCUCUGAGGUGACCGGGUCGGCUGAUUGGACAGGGCAAGCAACUCGGCUCGGGCUUCAGAGCGCAUGAAAGAGCGAUCUUGUGGACUGCUCAUCAUCCGAAACAGGAUGAGCUAGUUACAGCCUCGGCGGAUGCGACCGUCAAGAUUUGGGGUGGGAGAAGGGGAUGA